UCCGCCCCGCAUAAACGAUUCCAGGUUUGCACUUACACUGCGCAACCAAUACCCUGACAAAAUGGCCAGUCAACAGCAAAUCAAUCCAAAGAAGCAACAAGAGCUUCAAACCCAGUACACCACCUACAAGAACACACUCCAACAGCUUGCCCAAAAGAUCGGAGAUAUCGAGACGGAGGCUGAGGAGCACAAACUCGUGAUCGAUACCUUAGAACCCCUGCCUCAAGAUCGGACAUGCUUUCGGAUGGUGAACGGAGUUUUAGUUGAGCGGACAGUCAGCGAUGUUUUACCUACGUUGAAAACAAAUUCGGAUGGUCUGAAACAGGUGUUGGAGGAAUUGCUGAAGUCGUACAAGUCCAAGCAGGCGGAGAUGGACAGUUGGAAGAAAAAGAAUAACAUUCAAGUUGUACAACCAUAAGAUUAUGAUUUAUGAAUAAAAUUUCGCUUAUUCGCGCUUCAUGGAUUCCACUCUCUAAGCCGAGUGUACUAUAUACUUGAUCGCAGAUGCCUGCAGGCCAAAGGGUU